AUGCGCUGUACAGGACAGGGAACUCUCAGACUGAAACUUUACCAUUCAAAAACAAUCGACAUCCCAGCAUAUGUCAUUCCCGAAUUAGAGCAUAAUCUUCUCAGUACCAACUCACUUGAGCAUCAUGGUAUCUUCGUUGAUGCUAAACAUGGUACUCUUGAAUCUCGAGAUGGAAAUACUCUUGCACAGUUUGUGAGAUUUAACUCUCUUCCAUGGUUAACAUUUCAUCAUGUUGUAAUCCCACCACAUGCCCGAAUCAACAAUCUUAUACAGAAAUUUCCGUUAGACGUUGUUCAUCGUCUACUUGGACAUGUCAAUAGUUAA